AUGGUCUUCUUCCGGAGCGUUUCUGCACUUUCUAAGUUGCAUUCUCGUGUUUGUUGGCAGGCUCAGAGGCCAAGUCUUACCAGCUCUGUGCGAUGGAUUCAAAUUCAGAAAUCCUCUGAUACUGACCUUCAAGCUCAGCUAAAGGAAUUGAUUCCAGAGCAACAGGAGCGCCUCAAGAAAUUUAAGUCAGAAUAUGGAAAAGUCCAACUGGGUAACAUUACUGUGGACAUGGUACUUGGGGGGAUGAGAGGAAUGACUGGCUUACUGUGGGAAACUUCAUUACUUGAUGCUGAUGAGGGCAUUCGCUUCCGAGGUUUGUCAAUACCUGAGUGUCAGAAGGUAUUGCCAGCUGCAAAACCUGGUGGCGAGCCAUUGCCUGAAGGACUUCUUUGGCUUCUCCUAACAGGAAAGGUUCCAUCUAAAGAGCAAGUAGAUGCAUUAUCCAGCGAAUUACGUAGCCGGGCUGCAGUUCCGGAUCACGUGUUCAACACAAUUGAUGCUCUUCCAAUUUCAGCUCAUCCAAUGACUCAGUUCACAACUGGUGUUAUGGCUCUCCAGGUUCAAAGUGAAUUUCAGAAGGCCUAUGAGAAGGGUAUUCACAAAUCAAAGUAUUGGGAACCAACAUAUGAGGACUCCCUUAAUUUAAUUGCCCGAUUGCCAGCUGUUGCUGCUUAUGUUUACCGUAGAAUCUACAAGGGUGGACAAGUUAUACCUCAAGACGACUCCCUAGAUUAUGGUGCGAAUUUUGCUAAAAUGCUAGGAUUUGAUAAUUCCGAAAUGCAUGAACUUAUGAGGCUUUAUGUUACCAUCCACAGUGAUCAUGAAGGUGGAAAUGUUAGUGCCCAUACUGGUCACCUAGUCGCUAGUGCCCUUUCAGAUCCUUACCUUUCAUUUUCUGCUGCACUAAAUGGUUUGGCUGGACCUCUCCAUGGGUUGGCGAAUCAGGAAGUCUUGCUCUGGAUAAAACAUGUGGUAGAUGAGUGUGGUGAGAACAUAACAAAAGAGCAAUUGAAAGAAUUUGUCUGGAAUACACUGAAUAGUGGCAAGGUCGUCCCUGGAUUUGGACAUGGAGUUCUGCGUAAAACAGAUCCAAGAUAUAUGUGCCAGAGGGAGUUUGCACUGAAGCACUUACCUGAUGAUCCACUCUUUCAACUGGUUUCCAAGCUGUAUGAUGUAGUGCCCCCUAUUCUCACAGAGCUUGGCAAGGUAAAAAACCCUUGGCCAAAUGUGGAUGCCCACAGUGGUGUAUUGUUGAACUAUUAUGGUUUAACUGAAGCAAGAUAUUACACUGUUCUUUUCGGUGUGUCGAGGUCCAUUGGUAUAUGCUCUCAGCUAAUAUGGGAUCGUGCUCUUGGUUUGCCUUUGGAGAGACCAAAAAGUGUUACAAUGGACUGGAUUGAGGCUCACUGCAAGAAAUCAGCUUAACUGCAUAUUGAAUGAUUAUUCUUUCAAACAAUUAAUAAUGGAUGGUUUUGCAUCCGCCCGGUUGGUGCUCAUAUUAUUUUUUUGGCACGGUUUAGCUUUGCCUCAUCCUCCAGAUAUUGGAGUUUAUUUUGUUAUUGUAUCUAUUAUUAUUAUUAUUAUUGAUAAUAACAAUGACCAUUGGAUUCCAAUGGAGUUAUACCAUUUUUAUUUUACAAUAAUGAGUAAUAAAUUUGAAUAAAGAGAGUUCUAAAUUUAUUUGUGUGUUGCGUGU